UUUUCGGUCGUACAUUGUCUUCAAACUUAGAAAAUAUGUCGGCUGUACGAACUUGCCCUGGACUUUAUUGUGGUCGAACAGAGUUAUCGGAUAACUCCUGGAGUGAAUGUGGAGCUUGUCCCCGAGGAUAUAGAACCAAUGCAUCAAGCUAUUGCGUUGAGUGUGCGGAUGAGCCAACACUGUACGACUGGCAGUAUCUUGGUUUCAUGGUUUUACUGCCAUUAGUUUUGCACUGGUUCUUUAUUGACAUGGUCGCUCCUGGAAAAAAAAAAGCAACAACAGUGACGCAACACUUCUGUGCAUUUAUAGAAGUAUUGACAGGUACAAUAGGGGCACUACUAGUGUUGCCUCCUACAGGUUCACUGGCUCUCCAUGUGUGUACGCCGAAGGCCCUGUCGGACUGGUACACCUUGCUGCAUAACCCUCAACCGGAUUAUAAGGAGACACUGCACUGUACACAAGAAGCUGUGUAUCCAUUAUAUACCAUAGUUCUACUGAUGUAUGCAUUCAGUCUGCUACUAACUGUGACAUUAAGGCCAAUAUUGCUGGCGUGGCUUAAGAACAACGUCGGCAAGCAGGCAAUCUACAGUGCAUUGUACUUUUAUCCGAUAUUGGUACUCACGCAUACUGUAGCAGCCGGUUUAAUAUAUUGUGCUUUCCCCUACAUCAUUAUAAUCAUAUCAAUGAUGACAUCAGCGUCGCACUUCUCCAUAAAAAUUGAUCAAUCGGCACCAGCACUCCUCGUGUCAUCUGUGAAAAACGCGAGAAACCUCAUCAUACUUCUCGGCCAUUGGCUGGUACAUGCAUACGGUAUUAUAUCGUUAACGGGCUUCAAAGAACUGUGGUAUCUGACGCUAGUACCAGCUCCAGCUCUGUUCUACAUCCUGACUGCUCAGUUCACGGACCCAAUGAAGAUUCACAACGAUUGACUAGCACGCAGCACUUUAGAGAAAAUGGUGCUUUUUUGAUCUUCGGCUGCUCCCAAUGAAGAGCCGCGCCGUGUGAGGCGCAGACAGAGACAUUUUAAUAAUAACAAUGACAUGACUUUAUUUACCAAUUAUACAUGGUAAUAGAAAAUGAAUAGGUUCUGUGGGUUACUAAUAAAAAAGGUGUUUUAGAAAUGAACUAUAUAUUGGAGUGAUCGAAGUGUUUAGAACAUUUUUAAAAUGCGGUUCAUGCACAAAUGUAUGUGAGAUACUCCGCGGCGACUAGUCUCGGCGACUUGCAGGAUACUCGAAUCGCCUGUGCUUAUCGUAAUGGGAGAAUGGCCUUAUUGUUUAUUGUUAAUAUGUGUUUUUAUAGUGAUUAUGUAAGUUAUUAAAAAAAAAUUGACUUUUGAAGAGGAGGAUGAAAACACAGGUUUUGUUUAUUUAAAUUACGUUACUUACAUUAUUUAAAAUUAUCGAGGGGUGGAGAUGUUUUGUACAAUGUUUGUAAAUAGGUACACAUUACUAUUCUGGUAUGUUUAAUUAGAAUUAAUACUUUAUAUUCUGUUUUGCAACUCGGAAUGCGUUGGUCAUAAAAAAUUUAAUUUUAUUACUGUCAAUGUCUUGGUGUUUGUAGUUUCCAUUUAUUUAAGACUUAUUUAUUUCAAACCGUAUUGUACAUUAGAACUUAUAGAUAUACUAUAUUAACAAACAUUUACACAUAAACGUAUGUAAAUAAUUUAUUGGAUACUUUUUUAAUAUUUUAAGAUUCUAUAAGAAUUGCUAAUUAACGUAAUAUUUAACUAAAUGAAUUGUUAAAUAAUAAUUAAAUAAUGAUAUUAAAGUUAAAAUAGGUAGUAUGUCAAUAUUCAAUUAGUAAUAAUUAGAAUGGUAGAGACAUGCAAAAACUAGGUGUAGUAUAUUAUUUAUUUAGUGUAGUAUAUGAUUAGGUGUUUUACUUUUGGUAUUUAGGUAAAAAAGGAUGUAAAUAAUAAGGGCAAAAAUAAAAUAAAGUGACUGUAAAUUUAUUGUAAAUAUUAAUUCUAAACUCAAACGCAAACAUUUAUUUAUACAAUUAGACUUCUUUUAGAAGCAGUUUUGAAUCGUCAUUACAUUUUUUUUUAAAUUUACCACCGAUUCGGAAAGCAGUAUCUAUAGAGAAGAACCGGCAAGAAACUCCAUUACCUAUUUUGUAGGCCAAUAAAAUCCUUGUAAUAGCAUAUUAUGUAGCUGUCUAUAUUAAUGCAUCUUAUUAAAUAUCACAGUACAAUCAGAUAUUUGUAUAAUAUUUACUUAAAUUAGUAAAAAAAAAUGUUGAUGUCUCCAGUUCAAACUGUGUACCUACUUAGUCAAGAUAAAUGUUAUGAAUAUUUAAAGAAAAAAUAGUUUUGUAUAAAGUUCGUUAAUUCAAAUAGUGCUUAGUAGUUUUAUCAGACAUAUUUAUUGGUGGAUCGUUGGUUUAAUAUUGUUUCCUGUUAACAAUGAUUGGGACCUGUUCACAAUCGACAGCGUUGGCCCAAAAAAUGAUCACCCAUGUUUGCCGCCAUUACGGCGAUUUUAAAUAAACAUCUACAAUGAUGGCCGAUCGACAUUUAAGCCCUCUACACUAUCGUGAUUGCCUAUACUCGCCCAUCACAGGCUAUUGUGAAGAGGGCCCAUAAUAAUAUUUAUAUUAUGUUAUACAUUUAUAGAGACAAUAGUAUAUAAAUGAAUAUUUCCACUGGAUUAAGUAAUAUUUUUAUUAUUAUUUUAAGUUUCAUGUUGAAGAUAUUGAGAUGUACUGUCUUCAUGAUAAACAUUUGUUUCGCAACAAAGUUGGCUCACCUUAUUGCGGAGUUUCUGUCAAAAUGUUGCUAGCAACAGCGCAAGUAAAAAAAAUUGAUAAGGCAUGUUGAUAAGAUUCGGCCCGAGGAGCGACAACAUUUAAACAAAGUUCCAAGCAGCAUUGUUUUCUGUAGAUCAACUGUUGCUCAACAAAUGUUUACCAAGAGGCAAGGCUUUAGUGUGCUGGAAACGAAUAAUAAAAAUCAGUAAACUGAAAUUUUGUCAACGAAAUAAUAUUAAAAUUAUUUAUUAUUUAUUUUCCAUAUUCAUCAACCAAGACAACAAAAUAAAAGUAUAAAAAGAUUCUA